GUGCUGGGUGGGAUGGUGAGAAGACAGCAGCUGCCAGCUGAGGGUUGAGGUGUAGGGGAUGGGGGCAGAUGGGGGCAAAAGAGAGAAAGCAGUGAAGCCCAGCCCUCACCUUUCUCCUUCUGGGUGUCUCCAGCCCUCCCCCUCCCAGCUUUCUGAAGUGACUCUAAUCCAGAGCAUCUUGAGGGUGGGAAGGCAGCCUCUCCAUUGAGCUGGGGUGGGUGGCCCUGGGGGCGGCCCCAGGCAGUGGGCACACAGCCCUCUGUGGAUCCACCCUGGGGGACGCCCAGUAGGGCUGUCUCCCGCCCACCCUCAUCUCUCUCUAGCACUGGGGCUCGCCUCCCUCAUUCCCCUCCUGCCUGCUUGUAACCAUGGCUGCCUCCUCCUCUCGGCCCACAGUCCUAGCCCUAACUGCUCUGGGGCUGCUCCUGCUGCUGUGCCUGGGCCCAGGCUGCAUAAGUGGAAAUAAACUCAGGAUGAUGCUUCAGAAACAGAAAGCCCCUGCUUCCACCAAGAUGGCCCUGGCUGUGGAUGAAAGCAAGGCCAAGGAAUUCCUGGGUGCCCCAAAGCGUCAGAAGCGUCAGCUGUGGGACCGGACACGGCCCGAGGUCCAGCAGUGGUACCAGCAGUUCCUGUACAUGGGCUUUGACGAGGCGAAAUUUGAAGAUGACAUCAGCUACUGGCUAAACCGAGGGCACAAUGGACCCGAGGACUAUGACUACUACCAACGCCACUAUGAUGAGGACGCCGCCAUAGGGCCCCGGAGUCCCUACAGCUUUCGACAUGGGGCCAGCGUCAAUUAUGAUGACUACUAGCUGUCAUUCAUCACACAGUGUGCCGGUCUCCGCUGUGCUCCACUGUAGCCUCCCCUACCCCUUUCUGCUAGCAAUAAGGAAGAGUCAAGGCAAAGAAUAGAAAUGCCUGUUGAUGUUCCAUGCGAAUCCCUGACAAUGUAUUUCCUUGACACGCAUAUAACAAUAAGGGCCAGCAAGUUAGCUCACUUGGGUAGCUUUGCACCUGUGUGCAAACCAGAUUCCAGCCUGCCCCUCCACUGCACUGGGGGCAACUUCAGUGCUAUGAUGUCUUUCCCUCUCUCCCUCUGCCUCUCUAGAUCAGUAAAAGUUGGCCUGCAGCAAUGAAGCCCUGGUUACUUAAAAAAAAAUAAAA